AUGGCAACUGACACCGGAAACUCGUUAGAAAUGGCUGAAAAGCUGUCGAUUGAUCCAGUUUUCGACACAAACUGGUGUGAUAUGCCGGCCUCUGUCAAAUUGAAGUGUAUCCGAAAAAUGGAAUUUAAGGAGAGACUGUCGAUGAGAUGCACCGCAACGGGUGAACGAUCGCUCGUCGAUUCUCAAAACAUUGACUUUCAAGAAGGCGAAUUUUGGACAGAAUCAUACGACGGAGAUGUUCAAGUAUCGCUCUAUUCAAAAAACGGGAAUAAGUUUUCGAAAAACUUACGACAUUCAAAUGGAGCAUUCAAGUUUCUGAAAUAUAUUUGGAAAAUCGGAGUUUUCGAAAAAGUCAUUCUCGAAAUACUUUAUACACCUUAUGAAAGAAAAAUAGAGAAAUAUACUGCAGAAAUCUCAGCGAAAAAUGUUGACCUAGAGUUCUGUGAUGGUCAAGUACUCCCCACUAUCCUUCAAAAAAUGAGGAAUGGCGUCGAAUCAAUCACAACCCAUUAUGACUCAAUGAUUUCAUCAAAGUUUGAUUUCGAUGAAGUUAUUGCAAGUCCACAUAUUUGGAUCGAUAAAAGCUCAAAAAUCGGAUCCACUUUCCAAGCGUCAAUCAACGAAAUCGAUGGUUCAUUCGACGAGUUCUUGAAGCACUUUGCGGAUCGUGUUGUGUAA